CUUCUGGCAGGAAUCAGGCUGUAGAGCUGUAGAAGAGACAGCUGUGUUUGGUGGAGGUAUUUUUAAACACAUCAAUGCUGCUCCAAUCCCCUCGCCUCGGCCCUCCUAUUUAUAGCUGGGGCCGGCCAUUGUUCUAUUUCUGUCACCUGUGGGCCACGCUGUUGUUCAUUCACAUGCAAAUGAAGCUUGCACCCUCUCCGGCUCAAGCAUUACUUUCCUGUGAGAGGUGGACGGGUAAACAGUGCACGGCUUAGCUCAUCUCUGACUAGUACACCCCCCACUGGAAGGUUGAAACACAGGCAGGCUCACUCUCAGCGCUCAGACAUUACUGAGAGAGGAACAGAGAGGAGAAGACAGACGAGAGAGAGAGACGACAGAGAGAGAGAGAGAUCAGAGGGAAUAAGAGCAGGGUAGUAGCUCAGUGUCACAACAAGAGAAGACAAUCAGACUGCCAGUCAUCCUCUAACUCUGUCUGAACAGGGACUUCUUGACUGAAGCUCUGUGUUCUAUGGUGCUGUGUAGUCACAGUAUUGUGGGGAAAGCCUCACAGAGGGAGUGUGUGGUGUGGUUAUUGUAUUGCGUUUCAGCACAGCAAGAGAGAGAGAGUUUCCUCAGAGGAAAAGGAGGAGAGCUGUUUCUGUCUCUAGUCUCCGUACGCCGGCGUGGUCGUUCCCCUGAGUGCACUGCUGUGAGAGGGUUGGCUCUUUAGGGACAGGAAGAGCAAGACUUGCGAUGCGACCUGAGCGCUGAGUGGAGUAUGCUACAGACGAUUUACGAGAGCGAGUCAAAUUUCUCCACCACAACAAACAAGCUCGUUGUCCACCGGCGACUCUUGGACCAGCAGAAGAUGCACAACGUUAACUCAGUGGACAUUAAGCCAGAGGUACUUUUGGAUCCCGUGUCUCCGUUGGACCUGCGUACAGACCUGAGGAUGCUGGGACCUGGCUCAGACCCGGGAAUGUGGGAGCGUCAGUUGCAGCAGGAGCUGCUCCUCAUCCAGAAACAGCAACAGGUCCAGAAACAGCUGCUGAUCAGCGAGUUCCAGAAGCAGCAUGAGAAUCUGACCCGCCAGCACCAGGCCCAGCUCCAGGAGCACCUCAAGCUGCAACAGGAGCUGCAGGCCAUGAAGCAGCAGCAGGAGCUGGUGGAGAAGGAGAGGAGGCAGCAGCUGCAGCAGCAGCAGAGCCAGCAGGAGAAGGAGCAGGAGAGACAUCGCAGGGAGCAGCAUGUCCUCUGUCUCAGCCUCAGGGGCAAGGAGCGCACCAGAGAGA